UCAUCACUGGAGUCAGACGCGGUCGCACACACGGUAGUAUCGCGCUAAGAGAAAUUGUGGCUUUUAAAUCUCUAGUUUAGAGGAAAAAGUAGCUUUUCCUAAUUUUAAUUCCAUUAGUUUCUCCCGGAGAAAAGUGUGUUUUAAAGAGUUCGACAAAUUUUCGCAGCUUAAAAAGCUCGAUUCCUAGUUGUGUAGUGUGAAGUAAAAAAACGCAAGAUUAAAAUGGCCGAUAAUCAAGAUCAAGAAAUGAACGGCAAUGGUCAGGAAUGCCAGGACCAGCAAAACGGAACCACAGAGCAACCAAAGUCGGAAAACGGUGCCGAAAGUGCGCCCGUCCGCGAUGACGACAGAAAAUUAUUCGUUGGUGGACUUAGUUGGGAAACAUCAGACAAGGAAUUGAAGGAACACUUCGGACAGUACGGUGAAAUCGAAAACAUAAAUGUCAAGACUGAUCCCAACACCGGCCGCUCGCGAGGAUUCGCCUUCAUCGUGUACAAGAGUGCCGACUCGAUCGACAAGGUCGUGGCGGCCGGCGACCACGUGAUCAACAACAAGAAGGUCGACCCGAAGAAAGCAAAGGCCCGCCAUGGCAAGAUCUUUGUCGGCGGUCUCACCACCGAGAUCAGCGACGACGAGAUCAAAACAUUCUUCUCCCAGUUUGGCAAUAUUGUCGACGUCGAAAUGCCAUUCGACAAGCAAAAGAAUCAACGGAAAGGUUUCUGUUUUAUCACAUUCGAUUCCGAGCAGGUGGUGAAUGAGCUGCUCAAGACCCCCAAGCAGACCAUUUCCGGCAAGGAAGUGGACGUUAAGAAGGCCACACCGAAACCCGACAACAUGCAGAUGGGCGGUCCAAUGGGUGGCCGAGGCGGUAUGCGUGGCCCACCGCCACGGGGCAUGCGAGGUGGACGCGGGGGACCCGGUGGCCCCAAAGGUUACGGACAAGGCUGGGGCGGUCAAGGAUACGGCGGCGGCGGCUACGGCCAGGGCGGAUACGGCGGAUACGGUGACUAUUAUGGUGGCGAUUGGGGAUGGGGCUACAACGGUGCCGGCGGUUAUCAGGGAGGUAAACAGCGAGGUGGAGGCGGCGGUGGCAACCGCCAACCGAGGCAUACGCCGUACUAAAUCCUACGGAUUCACUCAGACGUAUACUCCCUGCCCUCCCAUUUUUAAUUAUAUCAUAGCGUAGUAGUUUAACAGACACACACCCAUCCGACAAAAAAAAAAUACAAACACACACACACACACAC